AAGCAGGCCAUCACGUGCGCAAGACGGCAUUAGAAUUCGGAAACCCUUUCAGCGAAUUUACGGAGUCGUAGGCACCGUAACCUUGAAUUCAAAGGAAGCGCCGAGGUAAAAAAUGAGCAAAUCCUUCCUUAACAGUAUUCCUUUCAUCGUCUUCUUCUGGGGCUAUGUUUUUUUCGUGCACAUACAAUGUCGAGGCACUCUUGGAAUUCCUACUCAGUCGAAGUUACCGGAACACAAGGAGCUCUGCUUCAGGAGAUGUGACAUUGGCCUUCAUGCGGAUGACAAGGGAAUAUCGAGUAAAGAGAUGUCUAGUCUAGAAGCUUGUUUCGAAAGGUGUCUUUCUGAGAAAGGGGAACUAAGCGCUAUUUCGAAUGAUCAGAAAGCUUUGACUAAUAAAGAGAAGACGACACCAUUCAAAAGAACCAGACGCGAUGCCUCAAGCCACAUAGCUAGUCAGAAUUCUGGAAUAAAAUAUGGUAGGGUGAAAUUCUACUUUUGUAAUGAAUUAAGAUUAUAG